AUGCCAAUCAACCGCACACCGCCGCCCACUUCGCCCGUGCCUAUUAGCUCUGAUGAUACAUCGCAAUCGCAGACGCGCGCAAUCGACGCGAUAGAACGGACGACAAAACUUCACAGUGAAUCUGCGCCUGAUAUUCCAUCGCUUACGUUAAAUGUUACUGAGCGUAAAAAUAGGAAACAUGACGGAGUGAAUUCUAACAUUAUGUCUUACAUGAGUGAAAUGUUUUCAGUUUAUAUGAAUGAACAAGCAAAGGUUUACAAACUAUAG